AUGGGUAGGAGCACAUUGAAGCAACAACUCAAGCAUCACAAGUCCCAGAAUAAAGAGGAGCCAGUAAAGUCAGCAAGCAAGCACAAAAAGCUGAACGUUGUUGAACCAAAGGUUGAAGAUGAUAAGAUCACACCAGCGGUUGUGCCCAAGCCUAUUUUAAAAAAGAUUGACGAUGGGUCCGACGAGUAUCAAAGCAGCUCAUUGUCGAAAAAAGGGCUUCGAAAAUUGCAAAAGUUGAAAGCCCAGUUGAAGGAGGAAGAGGGUGCUUCAGACGAUGAGGAAGAAGAGAAUGACGCUGAAGAAGAUGAGGAACUAGACUUGGAAAAAUUAGCUGCAAGUGAAAGUGAGAGCGAUAUCAAUGGAAUUGAGGAUGACGAGGAUGACGAAGAUGACGAAGAUGACGAAGAUGACGAAGAUGACGAGGAAGAAGACGACGACGAGGUCAUUCAAGAGGAAGAAGCUCAAGAUGAUGUACCCUUAUCUGACGUAGAAUAUGACUCAGAUGCUGACAUUGUACCACAUACGAAACUCACGAUAAACAACAUGGCAGCAUUAAGAGAGUCGUUGGCCCGUAUUCAGCUUCCAUGGGAGAAACAUGCUUUCACCGAGCAUCAAUCCGUUACUAGCGCAGAAAACGCUGAGUCUCAAAUCAAGGAUAUAUAUGAUGACACGGAAAGAGAGUUGGCAUUUUACAAACAAGGAUUGGAUGCUGUCAAACAAGCCAGAGCCACCUUGCUUAAACUCAAGGUCCCCUUCUCACGUCCAGUUGAUUAUUUUGCCGAAAUGGUCAAGAGUGAUGAGCAUAUGGAUAGAUUAAAGACAAAAUUGUUGAGCGAAGCCGCUAAUAAGAAAGCUUCAGAAGAUGCAAAGAAGCAAAGACAAUUAAAGAAGUUUGGUAAGCAAGUGCAGCAUGAAACCUUGCAGCAGAGAGCCAAACAAAGGAAAGAAACGUUGGAGAAGAUCAAGAGCUUGAAAAAGAAGAGAGGAACCAAUGAGAUUAGUAAUGAUGAUGACUUCCAAAUAGCCUUGGAAGAAGCCACAAAAGAUGACUAUUCGGGCCCCGGCAGUGGCGGUGACAACAAAAGGAGAAAAGUGAAUGGAAAGAGGAUGGCCAAAAACGCCAAGUAUGGACAAGGUGGUAAAAAGAGUGGGUCAAGAAAGAAUGAUGCUGCAUCGUCUGCAGAUAUUUCUGGAUUCUCAAGUAAAAAAAUGAAAGGAAAGUCUUCUAGACCUGGUAAGAGUAAACGUUCGAGAAGGUAG